ACUCAUCACAACACCCCAACAUCAGCAUUCACGGUUGAUUGUGAGCGAUUGCCAGGCGGAAGGCAACGACAUUCGACGUCUGUCUCCUCUACACACACACAUAUAUAUAUAUAUAUAUACACAUCAAUCGACCACCUCGUCUGUUGGCGCGCAACUCGAUAACCCCCGACAAUCGUAUCGGGAAAGCCACGACAGCGAUCUACCGAAUUCCAACUACUGUACCUUUCCCCCACCGCCGCCGCUGUUGCGAUCCAAUUCCAAUCGCACAUUGCCUCUCAACACACACACACCGCUCCACACCAGUCACCAUGGACUACGAAGCUUUGAAAGAGCAAUGGUCGGACAUCGAAGACAAUGACGGAAUCAGGUUAUCAUGGAACACCUUUCCCUCCACCCGCAUGGAGGCCAGUCGGCUGGUCGUCCCCAUCGGUGCCCUGUACACACCUCUAAAAGAGAAAGCCAAUCCACCACUUCAAUAUGAGCCCGUCACCUGCAAGGCGCCCUGCCGAGCGGUCCUCAAUCCCUUCUGUCAGGUUGACAUGCGAGCUCGGAUAUGGAUCUGUCCCUUCUGUCUUCAGCGAAAUGGCCUGCCGCCGCACUACAAGGACAUCAGCGAAACCACCAUCCCGCCGGAGCUUCACCCGAGCAGCACGACGAUCGAGUACCGCCUGGCGCGACCUGCACCGACGCCGCCGAUCUUUGUCUUCGUCGUGGAUACCUGCCAGGAGGAGGAUUCGCUGAAGGCUUUGCGCGACAGCAUCAUCACCGUCCUUUCUUUCCUUCCUCCACAUGCGCUCGUGGGACUGAUCACCUAUGGUACCAUGGCCCAGGUCCACGAGUUGGGCUACACCGAAUGUGCAAAGUCAUAUGUGUUCCGCGGGAGCAAAGACUAUGGCGCCAAGCAAGUUCAGGAGAUGCUCGGCCUGGCGGCUGCCACGGGUGCUCGGCCUGGUGUUCAGAUGCAGCCUCAACCGGGACGCCCAGCUCCAGGUCCGGUGGGCGGCGCACAAACGCGAUUCCUCCUGCCAGUCCAGCAGUGCGAAGCUCAAUUGACCAGCAUCUUGGAGAGCCUCCAGAGAGAUCCAUGGCCUGUUGCCAACGACAAGCGUGCUGUUCGAUGUACAGGAGCUGCACUCUCGGUCGCGGUGGGUCUGCUCGAGACUAGCUUUCAGAACUCGGGCGCACGCAUCAUGCUCUUCACCGGUGGACCUGCGACCGAGGGUCCAGGUAUGGUCGUCAACACAGAGCUCAAGGAGCAGAUGCGCUCUCACCACGACAUCGACAAGGACAACAUCAAGUACUACAAAAAGGCUCUCAAGUUCUACGAUGCACUCGCGAAACGGACCGCACAUAACGGACACGUCGUGGACAUUUUCGCUGGAUGUCUCGACCAGGUCGGUCUCCUCGAGAUGAAAUGUCUACCGAACAACACUGGCGGUCACAUCAUCCUUGCCGAUUCGUUUACUGCCUCCAUCUUCCGGCAAUCUUUCUCGAAGAUCUUCGACAGUGACGCUGAUGGUAACUUGACCAUGGGUUUCAAUGCAUCGCUUGAGGUUUUGACCACAAAGGAGCUCAAGGUGACUGGUCUGAUCGGCCACGCCAUCUCAUUAAACAAGAAAUCGGCGUCAGUCGGUGAGACCGAAUGCGGUAUCGGUAACACAUGCAGCUGGAAGAUGUGCUCCGUUGACCCCACUGCAUCAUAUGGUAUCUACUUUGAGAUUGCCAACCAAGGAGGACCCGUCGCGCCAAUGCAGCAGGGCCCUCAAAAGGGUCUGAUCCAAUUCCUCACAUACUACCAGCACAGCGAGGGUCAAUAUCAUCUCCGCGUCACCACCGUCGGCAGGAACAUGAGCGGACCUAGCGGCGACCCGGCCAUCGCUCAACAAUUCGAUCAAGAAGCCGCCGCCGCUCUGAUGAGCCGAAUCGCCGUCUUCAAAGCCGAGGUCGACGACGGACCAGAUGUCCUCCGAUGGGUGGACCGCAUGCUCAUCCGCCUCUGCUCGCGAUUCGCCGAAUACCGAAAAGACGACGCAUCAAGUUUCCGCCUCGAGAAGAACUUCACCCUCUACCCGCAAUUCAUGUUCCAUCUCCGUCGCUCGCAAUUCUUACAGGUCUUCAACAACUCGCCCGACGAGACGGCCUUCUACCGUCACGUCCUCAACCACGAGGAUGUCUCCAACUCGCUCAUCAUGAUUCAACCCACGCUCGACUCGUACACGUUCGAUCAGGAUGGCGCCGUUCCGGUCCUGCUGGAUUCGACCUCGAUCCAACCCCAGACCAUCCUCCUGCUGGACUCUUUCUUCCACAUCCUCAUCUUCCACGGCGAGACUAUGGCCGAGUGGCGGAAGGCCGGAUACCAGGACCAAGAAGGCUACGAGAACUUCAAAGAGCUGCUCCAAGCGCCCAAGGACGACGCAAAGGACCUCAUCCAAGACCGCUUCCCCUUGCCUCGCUUCGUCAUCUGCGACGCCGGCGGCUCCCAGGCCCGUUUCCUCUACGCCAAACUCAACCCCUCCACCACCCACACCACCUCCAGCUACGGCGGCGUCAGCCAGACCGCCCAGACCAUCUUCACCGACGAUGUCAGCUUGCAGACCUUCAUGGAUCAUCUCAUGAAGCUCGCCGUCAGCGGAACCGGUUAGAGAGAGGGGGUGUUCAUAAAAAAGGGUGUGAUGGAAAGGAGAGAGAGAUUGGGUCUUGGUAUGUGUGUUUGUGUGUAUGACACCGUUCAUCUGGCCCGGGGGCGUGUGUGCGGGAGGUGUCGCUUGUCAAACAGGAGAAGGUUGGGUGUUGUUGGCAGAUGGAGGGGGGUCCCCCGAAUGGGUAAAUGAUGCCGAUCACGACGUAGCGCUGAAAAUUACUCUUUUCUUCUAUUUGUACCUCAGAUGCUGUAGAGCGAGAGGGAAAUCCGAAUUGGAAGGACUUCUCAAUCAUCAUCAGCCCCGACCAUCACGAUAGUCUUAUUCCGCCAUCGAAGCAAGUUUCCUCCUUCCCUCCCUCCUC